AUGCCGUCGCGCGCGCGCGGGCCGCGGCCAGUACGCUCAGCUGCGACCCCACGUGCAUUUCGCGACGGAACGCUCCCCCGAGGCGUCGCAGCGAGGCGAAGCAAACGUCCCGCGCAGCACCGCGGCCGUGACCCCGCACCGAGCGGUUGCGUGACGGCCAUGGGCGGGCCGGUCGAGAGCGCGUUCUUCGCGCUCCUGGACGGCGACCUCGCCGCCGCGUGCGCGCACAUGGACCAGGCAGUCGCGUCGGAGCCGGGGCGCGCGGAGCUCCUCUCGGCGCGCGCGGAGCUCAAGAUACGCGACGAGCAGUUCAUGGAGGCCCUCGAGGACGCCACCAAGGCCGCGGAGGCCGACAAGUCCCUCUUCAGCGCGCUUCUCCGGAAAGGGAUCGCGAGCUUCCACCUGGACGAGUUCGAGGCUGCGCAGGAGGCCUUCGCGGAGGCCGGAAAGGCGCGCCCCGGCGACAGCGGCGUCGCGGCGUGGACGCAGAAGUGUGCGGCGGCUCUGGCGACGCUCCAGGCGGCCCCGGCGGCGGCCGGCGGCUCCGGCGCGCCGGCGGCGCCUGCGCUCGACGCGACGCUCACGGGCGCCGGAGCGAAGAAGUACCGGCACCAGUGGUACCAGACGGGCACGCACGUCUACGUGUCGGUGUUUGCGAAGAACAUCCCGAAGGAGCGCGCGACCGUCGACGUCCGGGACAACGCGCUGCUGAUCCAGGUGCGGUCGGAGGCCGGGGAGCCCGAGUACGAGCUGGCGGUGCAGCUAGGGGGCAAAGUGGACCCUGCUGGCACCGUGGUGGAGCACGUCGCGCCGAAGAUCGAGGUGAAGCUCGCGAAGGCGGACGGGUCGCAGUGGACGGACCUGCAGCAGGGCGGGAGCGGCGCGCAGGACGACGGGAUCCCGCUGCCGUGGGCGAGCAAGCGGCGGCCGGGCGACUGGUCGAAGCUCGAGUCGGAGAUCGCGGCCGAGGAGAAGGACGAGCAGCUGGAGGGCGACGCGGCGCUGAUGAAGCUGUUCAAGAACAUCUACAAGGACGCGGACGACGACACGCGGCGCGCGAUGAUGAAGUCGUACUCCGAGUCGGGGGGCACUGUGCUGAGCACGAACUGGAAGGAGGUGGGCGCGGGCAAGGUCGAGGUGAAGCCGCCGGCGGGGCAGGAGCCGAUGAAGAUGUGA